UGAAACAAACACGCCACUGUAUACAAGUGAAUAGCUAGUGGUUUCCAUAGAAGUAGAAUAACAAAACAGGGUUGUUCCGCUUUACUUCAAAUAGCAACAAAGAAGAAGAAGAAGACGAUUAGAAGAGAAAGAUGGAAGCGAAGGUCAGCAAAUUCUUAGGCUCCGUUUCCAAUUUCUUCUCCGGCGGCGAUCACAUACCAUGGUGCGAUCGCGACGUCGUUGCCGGUUGCGAAAGAGAGGCUGCUGAGGCCGAAAAGAGCUCAUCUGAUGAGCUUUUGAAGGAAAGCAUUAUGCGUUUAUCUUGGGCACUUGUUCAUUCAAGGCAACCUGAAGAUGUACAACGUGGAAUUGCAAUGCUCGAAGCUGCAAUAUCUGGUGACGAUAGCCCACUGAAGAUGAGAGAGAAGCUUUACCUUCUUGCUGUUGGGUAUUUCAGAAGCGGUGAUUACUCUAGGAGUAGGGAGCUUGUAGAAGAAUGCUUAACAAUUGCUCCCGACUGGAGACAGGCAAUGACACUGAAGAAAUCAAUCGAAGAUCGGAUCACUAAAGAUGGUGUGAUCGGCAUCGGCAUUGCGGCAACUGCUGUAGGACUGCUUGCGGGUGGAAUUGCUGCUGCUGUUUCCAGGAAGAAGUGAGUCCCAAUUACUUGGUUUGUAUAUAAGAAAUCACUCUGAUCAAGCCCAGUUUUAGAGUUGCUAUACUUGAGAACUUUAAGAUGUAGAAUGAUGCUAUUUAGCUAUUACUAAUGUUUGUUCUGUUAUAUUGAUCUAUUUCAUAUUUGUUUAAAUAUUGUGUUUUACGUA